AUGCAUACGCCAGUAUUCAUCGAUAGUUUAAAAUGUAUCAACCUUCAAGAACAAGAUGGAAACCAAAAUAUUCGUCGAAUACCAUCCUCCCUGACCUCCAAUCAUCUGUCAUUAAACUCCAGUCAUCCGUCAUUGACCUCCAGUCAUCCGUCAUUGGCAUCCAAUCAUAAUUCAUCGCAUCCGUCCUCCCUUCAUCCGCCAUCACAUCCAAACCAUCCGCCCAACCUUCAUCCGUCCUCGAAUCACAAUCAAAAUUUGACUUCUAACUUGCCCUCCACUCCAACGGACGAGUUCGACUCCAAGUACCCUGGAGAGUACGGUAGUAAUGGAGAUAGUAAUUUUAACGCUGGUUACACUUCAGGCUCCAGAUAUCCAGGAUAUGGUCUGGAGAAUAUGACAAAAACAGAAUAUCAUCAGUUGUAUGAACAAAGUCUUUAUUCAUCAACCCAACUUAGUGAUUUUCAACUUAGAAUGCAGCCUUUCGGGUUUACGGGGAAUCCAGCUCUAGAUCCAGCCACUGCAGCACAGUAUGCAGCAGCCGCGGCUGCAAACCAUGGCUAUGAUAUGUAUAAAGGAUCUUACUAUCCAUGGAUGAAGAAUUAUACAGCUGAUAUGACCGCGGUCACCACUGGUCCUAAGAGGACUAGACAAACCUAUACAAGAUACCAAACAUUGGAAUUAGAAAAGGAGUUUCAUUUUAACCGAUAUUUAACCCGACGACGACGAAUAGAGAUUGCUCAUGGUCUAGGUUUAACAGAGAGGCAAAUAAAGAUCUGGUUUCAGAACAGACGAAUGAAGGCUAAAAAAGAGAAGCAAGGUGGAUCUGCCGAUGGGGAUAUUAAUGAUACAAUUGAGAAUGGUUCAGAUACGUCUCUUCUGGACGAAUACUCCCAGGACGAUCUAUUGGACGAGAGGAAAUCUCCUCCCAUUCAACAACCCAAACCUCAGAUCCAUCCUGGUCUUGACCAUCAAGCUCUUCAACGGUUUCAUGAGGGUCCAGGGCAGACUUUACAGUUUCAAGCAAUCAAACAAGAACCAUAUCCGGGCACUCCCAUAGGGAUAGUUAAUAGUUAAACUAAAUUCCUCUUCAUAUCAACUAUAUUAUUCGUGUGAAAAAUAGUUAGUAGCUAAUACACAAACUUAGCAACUUAAAAAAAUCAUUGGAUACUUUUAUUUUGGAAAAAAAUAGGAAAAUCUCAAAAAACUGUAAUUUAUGCCCGAGUCUCAAUAUCUGAAUGCAUUUCCGUUAUAUAAACAUAUCCGAGCAAACUAAUCUUAUUCACACUUUAAAAAGUGUAUAAAAUAUAAAACUGAAAUCAGUUUAGAACUGAUGGUCUGAUUUAAGCAUCAAAACAAAUUAGUACUUUAGUUCAAGUAUCUACGAAUCAUCAUGAAAACUAUCUUACUAAAAGUUAAUUAAAAGAGUAAUAUAAAUAUAACAUAUUAAUUGUUACCAAUAUCUCAAAGGUCUUAGUCAUUUAAAAACGGGUUAUGUAUCAUCAACAAAGAACCUUUCGGAAAAGCUUAUGUAGAUAUUCAAAUGAUAUUUUUUGGGGAACCCAGCCUUCCUUGCAGGAAUUUAACUUUUUGUUUUAAAGUCAACCAACUCUUCUCAGAAUGCUUUAGUAAAUUAAGAAUAUUCCCGUGGUUCUACCGAGUUUCCUGAUCACAAUUUGAUGUAUAUCGGCGACGACUACUUUAAAUACACAGGGGGGGGGAUUAUUUUUUAAAUGGGGUAAUUUUCAAGAAAGUAUAUGACACUGAAUUUAACUCAGUUUUAUUUCCGAAAUUAAUCAUAAAAAUAUUCUGCUAGAUAAUAAGAAAUAUUAAGAAAUACUUGAUUGAUUGAUUGAUUGAUUAUCGUUUAUUUCUUUAUGCCUUAUUACUGGCAUCUUAAAUAUAAGAAAUACUUGAAAAAAUGGCUCUAACAAUGAUAAAAACAAUAUCUUAUAAGUUGUCUCAAAUCUUUCCAGAUAAUUGACAUUUUUAUGAUUCAUUAAUCAACAAUAGGAUAAUUUUACCAUUAAUUGAUGUGAAGUAAUAAAACCAUGUUAAACCCCCCCUCCCCGACCAGAAAUGCUGAAUCAAAGAUCUCCUAUCCCUUCAUUAAAAACUAGUUUUAAUGGCUUGUAUCCCCCCCUCCCACUUCUUUAUUAAUUAUUAACCCCGUACUUCUAUUUUCUCUAACUUGCCACCUUCUUUUUUAUUCAAAAACUUGUUAUUACCUCAUUUGACAAUUUUUCCCUGUUCACACACUUUUUUGCUUUUUUGCUUAUUUAUUGGUUUGCACUCCUGUAAACCUACUUUCUCGUUAUGGAAUUAAAAAGAAUAAAGCAAAUUAGUAGUU